AUGUCGUUCAACAAGGAUGAGGACUCGAAGCUAAAGUUCAGAACCUCCAGAAAGCUACCAAUUGCGCCAACUUUUGAAGCGAUGAAGUUGAAAGAUGACCUUCUACGAGGUAUCUAUUCAUAUGGGUUUGAAGCUCCAUCUGCCAUUCAAUCGCGAGCAAUCACACAAAUUAUAUCGGGCAAAGAUGUUAUUGCUCAGGCUCAGUCGGGUACAGGUAAGACUGCCACGUUUACAAUCGGCAUACUACAAGCUAUCGAAUUGAAACGCAAGGACUUACAAGCAUUGGUACUGUCACCAACGAGAGAACUGGCUACUCAAAUCAGCCAAGUGGUUUCUAAUUUAGGGGAUUACAUGAACGUCAAAACAUAUGCCAUCACAGGAGGAAAAACUUUGAAAGACGAUAUCAAAAAGAUCCAGGGAAGUGGCUGCCACAUUGUUAGUGGGACACCGGGAAGAGUUUUAGAUAUGAUUAAGAGGCAGAUUUUGAAGACGAGAAGUGUCCAAAUGCUGAUAUUAGAUGAAGCUGAUGAAUUACUCAGUGAAAGGCUGGGUUUUAAGAACCAGAUUUAUGAUAUAUUCACCAAGCUUCCUCCAGCGUGCCAGGUAGUAGUUGUUAGCGCUACAAUGAACAAAGAUAUCUUGGAGAUCACAAAGAAAUUCAUGUCAGACCCAGUAAAGAUCCUAGUGAAAAAGGAUGAAAUUUCCUUAGAAGGCAUUAAACAGUACAUGGUGAAUGUGGACAAGGAAGACUGGAAAUUUGACACUUUGUGCGAUUUGUAUGACUCUUUAACCAUCACUCAAUGUGUCAUUUUCUGUAACACUAAGAAGAAAGUGGACUGGCUUGCUCAGAAAAUGUCUCAAUCAAACUUUGCUGUCUCCUCUAUGCAUGGCGAUAUGAAGCAGGAGGACAGAGAUAGAGUCAUGAAUGAUUUCAGGACGGGACACUCACGGGUACUGAUAUCGACAGAUGUGUGGGCACGAGGAAUCGACGUUCAGCAGAUUUCACUAGUCAUAAAUUAUGACAUACCAGAAAUUCUUGAAAACUAUAUCCAUAGAAUUGGUAGAAGUGGUAGAUUCGGAAGAAAAGGUGUUGCUAUCAACUUUGUGACCCGAGAUGAUGUUUCCAAGCUAAAGGAGAUAGAGAAAUUCUAUUCGAUCAAAAUCAAAGCUAUGCCUGCUAAUUUAGCCGACAUAUGA